ACGUGUCGGGGGCGGAGCCUUGCGACGGAGCUUGCAGCAUGGCCGCUGGCACCGCUGCCGCCUUACCUUUCUUGAGUCAGGAGAGCCGGCUCCGGGCGGGGGGUGUCGGGGGUCUGCGGAUCCCAGCUCCAGUCACAAUGGACAGUUUUUUCUUUGGUUGUGAGCUCUCUGGCCGCACCCGCUCUUUCACCUUUAAGGUAGAGGAAGAGGAUGACGCAGAGCACAUGCUGGCCUUGACUAUGCUCUGUCUCACCGAAGGGGCCAAAGAUGAAUGUAAUGUGGUGGAAGUUGUGGCCCGGAACCGUGACCACCAGGAGAUUGCAGUCCCUGUGGCCAACCUCAGGUUGUCCUGCCAACCCAUGCUCAGUUUGGAUGAUUUCCAACUCCAGCCACCUGUAACCUUCCGUCUGCGAUCCGGCUCUGGCCCUGUGAGGAUCACUGGGCGCCACCAGAUUGUUACUCUAAGCAAUGACAUUUCUGAAGAAGACAGUGAGGAGGAGGGAAGUGAGGAGGAAGAAGCCAAGUUGUGCCCCAUCCUGCCUGCCAAGAAGCAGAGGGGCAGGCCCUGGCCACCCUUGGUCAACUAGCUGCCUGCCUGCCUGCCUGCCUGCCUGCCACAUGCACCAAGCAUCAUGCUCUUAUACAAACAUCAAGAAUUUAAAAUGAGUCUUCUCUGUUGAAGAGAAGUGAUGGGGCUGAAGGUGGGAGUCUUAGGCUCAUGCUAGAAGAGAGAGGUGUCCUUUUCCAUAGGACCCUGGUGUUCUUCUAAUCCUGUCUUGUGUAUAGGGCUUCCGUCUUCUUUGGUAGUGGGAGGGACUCUGAGCUCCUGCCCUGACGCUCUCUCCCCACUCACCUGUAAGAAUGGGCAUCAGUGUCUGACGCUCUGGUCUAUACAUUUUUCACAGUUUUUACAUUUUUGGAUAAAGGCUGAAAUAAAAUGAUAUGAAAGUUU